AUGCAACGUUACCAAUCGAAGGGAAGUGUUACGUCAGUAACAUCGUCAUCAAAACGAAUUUCUCCAACACACAUGAUUAUUCAACGUGAAGAUAAUAAUCAAAUGUUAUUGCUACCAGUAACACAUUUGAUUAAUGCAUCUGUUACGAAAAUAAAAGUAAACAAUACAGCAACAUUUAAGACUGAUUUAAAGAGUAGGAAACAAGAACGUGGUCGAGUCAUACAACUUGGAAGUGAAGAUGUUUGUAUUGAACAACUUGAAGUGUUUGAAAUGGUGGCCAACAUUGCUGCAGAAGAAGCUGCUGGUAAUGGUAUUCAUAAAGCAAAAAACAAAGAAGAAAAAAAGAAACAUAGCACAAUGAAACCAAUCACGUCAUUUGAUAUUCGUGAAGAUACUAAUAUUGUUGUUAGUUCACAUAAAAAAACAACAGAUAUUUUAAAACAAAAAGGAAUUACAAACGAAAAACAAUUGGAAAGCGACGAAGAAAGAUCAGGAACAAGAAAUGAAUCUCAACAAGAUCCUCGACAAAAUUCGACGAGAAUCAUCAAUUCUAAAACCCAAAAUAGCAAUAAAAAUGUAGAAAAACAUUCUACAAUGAUCGAAUGUUUAGAUUCUCAACAAGGACAUGCACCAGAUACGAGCUAUCUCGAUGUAAUGCCUCGUUUAGAAUUCUUAUCUAAACGCUGCAAUCAAUUAACAAAAGAAAAUGCUGAUUUGCAAGAAGAUUGUGAUCGAUUAACGACAGAAAAUCAGAAGCUAAAGAGAACUAUGAUGCCUAUGCCUGAUGCUAGUGGUCGUCAAUGGUUUAUUAAUAUGGGAAAAUAUUUUUCACAGAAAUCAUCUAAUUGUGAUGUAGUAAAAUAUGCAACGGCAUUGAAAAUUAAUGAUCCUAACGAUCUUCUUGCAUGUGUACAAGCAACGACUUCUAAUACAGCUCGACAAGUUAUUCGUCUUCUAUAUUCACCAGAACAAUUACUUAGUAUGACAGGACCGGAAGUGCCUGAUUUUCAACGAAAAUUAAUUCGACAAUUUGCUGAAUCUCAACUGGGCCCCAUUUUAGAUCAUAACUUCAAUGAGGCAAUCAAUGGUGUAUUUCGAUCAGAAAAAAGUGAAUUCAAGAAGAAGCUAGGAGAAGGCCAAUCGACUCAUGCUCUUAGUACUCAAAAGUCAAAGGCAAAAACUCAAAAGGUCGAUAAUCAUCAGACAAAUUUAAAGAAAAUCCUAAAUAAAAAUCAAACUUUACAACCAACUACAAUCAAUAGUAAUAAAGAAAACUUACCUGAACUGUCUUGA